AUGAGGAAGAGUGAGGAGGUGGUCCCUAUUUCAGGACUAACCAUGGAGAGUGGUGAUCUCUUCUCACCUGUGAUGGUGAAGAUGGUGAAGAUCUCUUCACCUCUUGGAGACACCUACCAAGGCUUCUUGGAAGGAGAUAUGCAGGGAGAAAAGUGCAUCUUCCUGAAUUCAUCCAUCUCCCAUCCCAUGCCUUGUCAAUAUAGUUCCACUGCAACCAUAGGAUAUUCAUUCCCAGAAUGGGCAAUAGGUGGAUCCAAUAGCCCUCCUCAGCUUGGUAAGGUUGCUGAUGAUGAGCAACCUCAAGCAGCAUGAUCUGACCUCUGACUUUGUUGGACUCUGUUGCCUCCAAUUUUCCAUCAUGUGGGAUCCUCCUGUGAAAUGAUCGUCCUGACCUUUAUGGCAGAUAUCUGAGGAGCCAGAUUUGAUAUUCACUUUUAUUUGUGACCAAAAAGAGCAGUUGUGAUAUCUUGCCUCUUCUACUUCAUCUGGGUAGCUGCAAAGUAAUUGUAGGAAAAAAUGGCAGUUUUCAUCACCUCCUCUUCUCCAUUCUACCUCCA